AUGUCCGAAUUACCUCCCUCCGAAUUUGCGGCAGCACCAGAGACAAAAAAGUCGUUCCCGAAAGGCCCAGUGGUACUAGGCAAGGACGGAAAACCCUUCCGGGACUGGACGAAAAUGCAUGCCAAAAGAAAGUCUAGUAGUCCUGCUGCAGCAGAGGCUUCUGCUGCUACUAUUGUUCCCAUAACAUUACCCUCUGACUGCCCUCCUGACGUAGAAACCCUCGGUCGCUCUACCUGGACCCUUCUACACACCAUAGCAGCCACAUACCCUUCGAGUGCCACGCCAACCCAGCAAACCGAAAUGAAGAAAUUCAUAACGUUAUUCUCACGGGUCUAUCCUUGCUGGGUAUGUGCCGAGGACUUUCAGGAGUAUUUAAAGGAGCCGGAGAACAAACUCAAGGUUAUGGAAGAAGAAAAGGGAAGAGGACACUUGAGCGGCAGAAGCGAGUUUGGGUUAUGGAUGUGCAAGGCACAUAAUAACGUCAAUGUGAAGCUUGGAAAGAGCGAGUUUGAUUGCUCGAAGUGGGAGGAGCGGUGGAGGACUGGAUGGAAAGAUGGAAGGUGCGAUUGA